CAGUAGUAGUAGUAGUUUGUAGACAUCAAAAACGAGCAUAAGCGAGCAGCAGUCGAGACAGGAAAAAUUAAAAGAUGGAAGAGAAGUUUGCUCGGUUUAGAAGUUGCGGAAUGUUUGUGUAAUUUUUUGGCGAAUAAAGUUGCCUUUUCGGACUAGAUUGUGCAAGUGCGUCACGUUGAGGCCGUUCCGGGCCCGAAAACAGUGGAAACAGGUCUAAUCCAAGGGCUCCAAGGAAAGCGGUUGAAAAAAACCAAGUCAGGCAAUCUCCCAAGAAUCCAAGAAGCAGAACCAGAGUGCGCAGAAGAAGAAGGCGAAAAAUUGGUGUUUUAGACGAGGAAAUAAGAAAAGGCAUCCAUUGCCAGUGCUGAAAUCAUUAGUUUUUGCGUGGAAUCGGGUUUGAUUUUGUGGGGAAUGGAUUCAGUGAAUGGUUUUGAGGGCAAAAUAUGUUCGAUAAAGUGAUUACGGGUUGCCCUAGAAGCUAGGACAAAAAGAAGAGCCCUCGCCUCUUUGAUUCAAGUGCAAAGUGAUGGAAAAUUGGAGGAAUCCUCCAUUGUCCCUUUCUUCUACUGGCCGUGCUAAUCGUCGUCGUCGUCGUCCGAUGUGUUUGUGUUCUUUGCUUAUUUUUCACUGAGGCUGCAGCAGCCAGAGCUACUCUUCAUCAUCAACAUCUUCCAGCAGCCAGCAAACGGAGCGGAGGACGACGACUGUUUUGGUUUUAGAAGAAGGGCUGCUCCUCAUUCGCGAAACCGAAAAAAAGGGAAGAACCUGCUGCUGCAAACAGCCGACGAAACAAUACUGGAAGCUGACUGCGCUCUGUCUGUAGAAUAUGUUCGCUGGCGGCCAGCAUGUAUCGAUCACGGAUGCGACAGAUUACGACUUUGAGAAAGCGGAAAAUGCAGCCAAAUGGAAAGGUGUUUUCAUAACAUCGCUCAGAAAGGUAUUGGAGCAAGUGCAUCCGUCGUUGCAAGCCCGCGAGGAUGCUCUGCUCUACGUCGAAAGUUUAUGCUUGCGUCUGUUAGCGAUGCUGUGUGCAAAACCACCACCGCAUACAGUAUUGGACGUCGAAGAACGAAUUGGGCGUACGUUUCCUACGCCCAUUGACAAAUGGGCCCUGAGCGAGGCACGUGAGACAAUAGACAAAUCCAAAAAGAAGAAAUCGGUGCUACCGGUUGACCGAGUCCAUACCUUGCUGCAAAAGGAGGUCCUGCAAUACAAAAUCGAUAGUUCGGUUUCAUUGUUCCUGGUGGCAGUGCUGGAGUACAUUUCGGCGGACAUCCUGAAACUAGCUGGCAACUAUGUCAAGAACAUUCGCCACAUCGAGAUAUCCCGGGAGGAUAUCGAGGUCGCCAUGUGCGCUGACAAGGUGCUCAUGGACAUGUUCUACCAGGGUGACAACUCGAGCUCGAUGGCACCGAGCCCGUUGCCGCCGACGCCUCGUACCAGUCUCAGCUACGAAGAGGUGGUCAAAGAGCUCAUUCACGACGAGAAGCAGUACCAGCGGGACCUGCACAUGAUCAUAAGGGUGUUUCGCGAGGAGCUGGUCAAAAUCGUCAAGGACCCCAAGGAACUUGACCCUAUCUUCUCGAACAUUAUGGAUAUCUAUGAAGUGUCUGUAACGUUACUGGGUUCACUCGAAGAUGUGAUCGAGAUGUCGCAGGAGCAAACUCCACCAUGCAUCGGAAGCUGUUUCGAAGAACUAGCGGAAGCGGCAGAGUUUGAUGUGUACGCCAAGUAUGCGAAAGAUAUCACGUCAGUUCAGGCAAAGGAAGCCUUAGCAAAUUUAUUGUCUAGGCCAGAGGUACUAGAUAGCAAUAGUUUCAGAAUUCAUAAUCGUCAUCCUAACCCAUGCGAUCUAUUUCAGGCGAAUUCACUGAUGUCGGCUGGUCACGGUUUCAGGGAAGCGGUUAAGUUCUAUCUACCAAAACUACUUUUAGGGCCUAUCGGGCAUGCACAGUUGUAUUUAGAUUAUAUUAAAAUUUUACUACAGCUUAGUCCCUCGCAGGAGGAUAAGGAAAGCUUCGAGCAGGUUCAGGGUUUGUUAAAACCCUUGCAGUGCGAGUUGCAAGGCAUAUCCUCACUGCUGCCUAAGGAAUAUUUCGCUAGGGUAAAUAGUCGAGCUAGACGUCAGUCGGCAAUUGAGAAGACUCGCGACUUACAAAACAGUGUAGAACAUUGGGACAAGGACGUGGGUCAGUGUUGCAACGAGUUCAUUCGGGAGGAUACCCUUGCCAAGCUCAGUUCCGGCAGGCGGCAAACCGAACGGAAGGUGUUCCUAUUUGAUGGGUUGUUGGUGUUGUGUAAAACCCGACGACAGAUUGUGCCUGGCACCAACUACGAUUACCGAUUGAAGGAACGCUUUUUCAUGCGAAAGGUGGAGAUCAUCGAUCGGCCUGACACCGAGGAGCUCAAGUAUGCUUUCGAGAUCUCACCCCGGGAGCCGACUAGCGUUGUACUUAUUGCUAAAAAUGCGCAACACAAAAACGACUGGAUGGCUGAUUUGGUUAUGCUGAACACGAAAUCCAUGUUGGAACGCAUUCUAGACAGUAUUCUCCUAGAUAUUGAAAAGAAACAUCCACUCAAAGUACCUAGUCCGGACAUAUAUGCAUUUGCCGUGCCUGAUUCGCCCUCGAAUAUAGUGCUGGAAGAGCGAGAAGGCACGGGAGUUCCACUGAUCAAGGGCGCCACUCUAACGAAACUGAUCGAACGGCUUACCUAUCACAUUUACGCCGAUCCAAUGUUCGUGCGUACCUUCCUAACAACGUACCGAUCGUUUUGUUCGCCCACAGAGCUUCUUAGGUUACUGGUGGAACGGUUUGACAUACCGGAUCCGGCACUAGUGUACGACAGUGCCAGCGACAAGGAUCUAGGGCCAGACACGGACAAGUUUCAUAAAAAUUCACAACGGGAAGACUGGAAACGCUAUAAGAAGGAGUAUGUCCAACCGGUACAGUUCCGGGUACUGAACGUUCUUCGGCACUGGGUAGACCAUCAUUUUUACGACUUUGAACGUGACUCCGAGCUUCUGGAAGAGUUGUUAAAGUUCCUUGAAACGGUACGCGGUAAAUCGAUGCGAAAGUGGGUUGACUCAGUGCUGAAGAUUGUGCAACGGAAGACCGAAAGCGAAGAUAGUCAUCGGCAGAUAACGUUUGCCUUCGGCCAUAGUCCACCGGCGAUCGAGCAUCACCUACCGCUGACUAUUGGUGAGGAGGAAUAUAACCUGCUGAUGUUGCAUCCCCUGGAACUUGCCCGUCAGCUAACGUUGUUAGAAUUUGAAAUGUAUAAAAAUGUAAAACCAUCGGAACUGGUCGGUUCGGUGUGGACCGGGAAAGAUAAAGAAACUACUAGUCCUAAUUUAUUAAGAAUUAUGCAUCACACUACGAAUUUCACCCGCUGGAUUGAGAAAUCAAUUAUCGAGGCGGAGAAUUUCGACGAACGUGUGGCAAUGGCAUCACGUGCAAUAGAGGUGAUGAUGGUUCUGCAGGAUCUAAACAACUUCAACGGUGUGCUGUCGAUCGUGUCGGCCUUCCAGGGGGCGGCCGUCCACCGGCUCAAGCUAACGCUGGAGGAAAUCCCCAAGAGCUACCAGCGGGUGCUGGCAGAGUGUCGGGAGCUGAACAAUUCGCACUUCAAAAAGUAUCAGGAAAAGCUGCGUUCAAUAAAUCCACCUUGUGUGCCAUUUUUUGGAAUGUAUUUAACCAAUAUUUUACAUAUAGAGGAAGGGAAUCCAGAUUUUUUACCAAAGACGAAACUAAUUAACUUCUCUAAGAGAAGACGUGUAGCUGAAAUCACUGGUGAAAUACAGCAAUAUCAAAAUCAACCAUACUGUUUGAAAGUUGACCCUAGCAUUAGGCAUUUUCUAGAAAAUUUAGAUCCUUUUACAGGCAUGAGUGUAACCGAGAUCCAAAACUAUCUCUACGAGGAAAGUAAAAGGAUAGAGCCGAAAAAUUGUCGCCAACCGUUAAAAUUCGCACGCAAGUGGCCAGAUAUUUCACUAAAGUCUCCCGGCAUCAAGCCUUCUUCGAGACGACACAACAGUUCGGCCAACUCGUCAUUGAAUCUAACGGGUACGUUGCCAUUUACGAACAAAGCGCCGCUUGGGAACAGCAACGAUACCGGUGCGGAACAGCAGUCACCAACAGCCAGUUCAUCGUCGUCUUCCGUGCUCGACUAUUCGAUAUUUGCUCCUGUGAACAUUCACUCUUCGUCGUCAUCACAACACCAUCAAUACCAUCACCAUCAGCAACAAAUGUACAACUAUCAGCAUCAUUCGCAGGGAUCGAUGCAAUAUUAUCCGGGCCACCAUCAGUCGGGUGGUGGCCAGCAGCAAAACCAUCACCAUUAUAAUCAUCACGGGCAUCAGCACAACUUGUCCCAGUCAGUGGUCAAUCUCGCAUCAACGGCAGACCAUCAGAUGGCGCCGGAGAUUCCACGACGUUCCGAUAGUAUUAUCCUUACCCCUUCACUAUCGUCCCAAGUACAGUACAACCUAAACAAUAGUAGCUUAUCCGAAUCCAGCAGUAAUACCGGUGGUGGCAGUAAACUCGUUCCAAGCCCUCGCUAUCCAUCGUCAUCAAUGAGUGCGCUUUCGUCUUCGUCCUCCGGCAUAAGUGUUUCUUCGUUCUAUGGAAUCAUGAGCGCAUCGAACAGUGAUGGUAACAGCAACAAUAAUCCUACUACUGCUAGCUUUAAACAUACGCCAUUGCUUAGUCAGAACAAAGUAGUUGCCAAUACGUGUGCUGAAGACAGUCCCCAUUCGAUUCUUUCAGCGUCUGGUGUAGGGGGCGGAGGAAGUCUCAGCAUGAGCAGCUCGUCUGCAACCAACGCCGCUAGUAUUGUUUCGCUAAGUGAGGGUUCAGCCGUUCCUCAACCCAACACCGGUACAGCCAUCUCGCCGUGUACGACGAUGUCUUCGCCAUCGGCCAGCUCGUCCUCGACCGUGACUGCCGUGGGAACAACGGUUACUGCAUCACCAGCACCAGCAUCGUCCGGUGCUGCCGACAUUCCACCUGCGAUUAGUCCACGCACUGACAAGCCGGUAUACCCGCCGGGACCGCCACCCUUACGGAACCAUGGAGGUGGGGCAACCGAGUUUUGCUACAACACUUCCGGACUACCGACAUCACCGCUAGCAACUAGCUGUAACUUUAGGAUUAGUUCAUCCAACAUUGGAAAGAAUCAAAACUGUGAUUUUACGACGGCGAGCAGCGCGGGCAACCGCUCGUCGUGUGACAAUUCGCCGAUUUUCCCCUCGAGCCCGCAGAUGCAUCCCAUUCACGGUGGCACGGCGUCUACGAUGGAUUUCAACAACUGUGCCAUCUCGCCGACGCUGUCCACCUCGGUUUCGUCGACGUCCUCGGUGUACCAGACGACGUACAAUAACUCAUCGACGACGGCCGAUUCGAUGAUCCUCAACACUACGGCGGCGAGCAACGACUUGGGCCCGCCCCACUCACCGCACGUUAACGUACCAAAUACACACAAUAUUCCUCCUCCUAUGCCACCUCCUCUACCUCCUAGGGUUAAACGAAAAGAGUCCUCCGGGGAGUCGUCACAAUCUUCGCAGGUGCGGCAAGCACCGGAUGCACCCAAGCUUCCUCCGAGAGAUAUUAGUCCACCUCCGGUACCACCACGUAUCCACAAUCCGUCGCAUCAGAUAUGCGGGAAUGUCCAGCAACAGCAUCAGCUGUUACACAGCGUAGGAGCUUGUGACAGCUGCAACCUCGUUAAUGUAUUACCGAAGGACGAAUCUCCGUCUUCAUCAUCCUCGUCGUCGACGCUGACCCGCGACAACUUGAACCAGCACAACAUGAGCGAACAGCGGCUACUCAUGCUACCGCAUACCAGCACGAUCAUGAUGCGACGAAACUCCGCCAUGGAUCGGGCAUCGAAGGAGAAAGUGUCCAACAUUACCGCAUCGCCGUCGCUAUCCGGACUUUCCAGUACAGUGGGGGGUGUGGUCGGCGGUGGAAGUACGGCGAGUAGUGGACCAGUCAGCUUAUCCUCAUCUAGCGCACCACCACCGCCAUGUGGAGCGAAGAACAAAUCAGUUCAAAACUCACCCGUAUCGCAACAGCAGCAGCAACAACCCGCAGUUUGCGGUCGACGGCCUAGUACGAAUAUAUCGCCGAGAUUUUCACCCGGAGAAACCACACCUAAAUUACCUCCGAAGCCAAAGCAAACCAAUCUGUCAUCACAUUCAGAUCGAACAAUGUUCCCCUAUCCGAGCACAAACUGACCAAACGGGAAAGGUUGCGGGCGGCAUUUCUUACGGUAAAAUGGUAAAUCGAUGUGUGCGUUGGGGUGGUGAUCAAUGUAAACUUGAACAUCCGGCAUUCGUCACAGCCAAACGGAUGGACGACAUCUGCGAUCGCGAAUGAGAAGCUAGGGCAUGGGUUUGUUGUUGAAAUGCUUGAUUCUAAGUGGGAGACGUGAAGGACAACACAAAAGUAAACCUGCAACUGCAAGCACCUAGAUAUGUUAUAAUUAUUAUAACGGUUAUAUUUUACAAGUUUGACGAAUUUUAUCAUUUUAUUUCAAAACAGAGUGCGUAGGUCUUGUUACGCUUUAUGUUAGAGCAGAGCCGAUAGCGAGGAGGAAAGUAUACAAAACAAAUAAUAAAGUGCCAUAGUUAGAGGGUAGAUUGAGAUUUUUUUCAGCUUCUCGCGUUGAAAACAUAAAGAAAAACAUAUAGAUUCCGUAAUUUUCUUACACAUAUGAGGCCAUCUCCAGUACCGAAACGAAAAAAAAAAAAAUUUGACGCAACUGUAUCGUGUUCCUAUAUUUGCUUAAAUUACUAUUUAGCUGGAAUGACGUAGAUUGGACAUAGUCAGGAUAUGAUCUGAGUUAGCCUUCGCCUACCUAUUAACCAUUCGUGUACCUUUUUUUCAACUGUUGUAUCAAUUCGCCGCCAAACGUAACAAAGUAAUUUAUCCAUGGGAGUAAAGCGUUGCGAUUAAUUGAAAAUAUGAAUAUAGCGCCUUUUCCACAUGUA